AUGAAGGAUGGGAGGAUUCGCAAGAUGAUGGGCAAGAUUGGGGCUGCUGCAGCGAUCUUCGCAUCUCCCGCCAUGUUCAAUGGCGGGAAGGCAGCUUAUGCGGUGGAGCAAGCCAUGCAAGAUCCGAAGAUCGUCUUGCCCUCGCAGGAGGCGUAUGCAGCAAGAGUGGCAGAGCUAGCGGAUCCAAACUUCAAGCCUCUUCCUCUGCGUGUGGUGACCCACCCUGCCUUCAUCGGGGGAGCAGGCAUAGUCGCAGCUGGAGGAGUGGGUUACAUGCUCUAUCAGAACGUGGAGAAGAAGAAGGCAGAGCAGUUGAGGCAGAUGCUGUCACAGAAGUCUGGCAUCGAGAUUGACGCUUCCAUCCUUGACGACCCGCGCAUCAACCGACCAGGAGCAAAGACGUUUCAGUACACUAAUGCUCCGCAGUUCGGAACGUAUCGCGCUCCUCCCGAGAAGCUGGUCAAGGACGUUCGCGACAAGUACAAUUUCAAGAAGUCAAAGAAGUUGAGCGAUGAGGAGUUGGAGAAGAUGGCGAAGGAUCAAACCAAUAUGAACUUCAAGACCAACAGCACCAAGCAAGCCUCAGGGUCUUCUGCCACGGUCGAACUGGUGGGCGAGUUUGAUGGCCCAAAGACUGGAGACGAGAAGGAGCGCGAGAAGAUCAUCAGUGACUUCUCCAUGGACGAUCUCUUGAACAAGGGCAUGCAGAAUCCCGGGGAGAUGGACCCUGAGAUGAUGGCGGCUGCUCUCCCCAUGCUGCAAGCGCAGUUGUCUGAGGUGCUCAAGGAGGGAGUGAGCCCGGAGGAGGUCGCAGAAGUCAAAAGAUCUUUCAAGGAGAUGGGUAUCAACCUGGAGGACAUGUUCCGCAGCAUCGAUGAGAUGGAGAAGUCAGGACUCGCUAACUCGCUCGGCAAGGAGGGGCUCGAGUUCUUCAAGACCCUCAGGAAAAUUUUGGAGACCCCGACUAAGUGA